UCAACCCCUUUCUUCCUCUAAUAAAAGUCCCCGCUUCUUUUGCCCUAACCCUUCAAAAAAAACUCUGAUCACUGAUUCAGCUAAAAAAAAAAAAAAAACCCUACGAAAUCCUUCUUCUUCAAUCCGAUCGAUGAAGAAGUACGGACUCCAGCUUCGGAUUCCUCCGGCGCAACAGAAGCAGAAGUCGUCGAAGCCCCCCGUUGCUCCUCCUCCGGCCUUCGCUUUCAAAGGCGACGACGACGACGAAGACGACGUUGAGAGGGAGAUCUCUCGCCAAGCGGCCAAGACCAGAGCUCUUCAAAAGGUAGAGGAGGUGCACAAGAAAGCGCUGGAGGAGGAUCCAUCGGUGUUUGAUUAUGACGGGCAUUAUGAUGAGAUGAAGGAGAAGAUUGCACGGCCUCGCGUUCAGGAUAAGACUGAGCGAAAGUCAAAAUAUAUAGAAACACUGAUGCAAAAAGCAAAAGAGCGGGAACGUGAACAUGAAAUAGUAUAUGAGAAGAAAAUAUUGAAAGAGAGAAGCAAAGAGGAUCACCUCUUUGCUGACAAGGAGAAGUUUGUAACAAAAGCUUACAAGGAAAAGCUUGCAGAACGUGCAAAAUGGCUAGAAGAAGAGAGAUUACGCCAACUUCGUGAGGAGAAAGAAGAUGUAACCAAGAAGAAGGAUCUGAGCGAUUUUUAUUUCGGCCUAAACAAGAACGUGGCAUUUGGUGCUGGGUCCGAAGAAUCUACAAAGCCUCCUUCAAAACUAGAAGGAACAAUCGAUUAUAACCAACAAACUGAAGGCAGCUCAAGACCUAAAGUAACCACACAUCCUGCUCAAGAAGCAGAGAAGGUUAAUCUUCAAGCCGAGCAAAAAUACCAUACUAAGAGUCAAGACACAGCAACUGCGUCCGAGGUGGGUGCUGAAAAUGUGCAAGAAAAAGCCGAAACAACUGAAGAAGAGCCACCCAAGCAAACCGCAGAAGUAUAUAAGAGAGGUGAAGAUGCAGUUGCUGCCGCAAGGGAGCGGUUUUUGGCUCGCAAGAGAGCAAGAGAACAAUUGUAAAGCGAGGAGGUUGUGAUGAAACCGUGGUCCUUGUGAAUGGUUGUUUGUGACAUUGGUACAAGAUCAUGUAAAGGUGGCUCGCUUAUUUCUUGUUGGUCUCCCGUCACAUAUUAGUUCUGGUAGGAUUCAUGAGUCAUUUUUGAGUUGAAUUGUCAAGAAAAUUGUCGAACCUGAUCCUGGUUAUUUCUACUCUCCUGCUGCUGACGCAUAACGAAGCAGAUUAUACUAAGCCCAACUGAACUUUGUUCCUCUUAGAUCUCCUGUGGUAUUAUUUGAGGCGAAAUUUUAUGAGUCAUUUUUGAGUUGAAUUGCGAACAAAGCGAGGCAGAGAUUAUGCUAGUGCGAGUGAUCUUGGUUCUUUGGUCUCAUCUAUAGAAUAUGCUUGACCAGUAUGUGUAAAAUCUCCUCAUGCCUAUCAUUGUGUAUAUUAGACAUAUUUGUUACC